AUGUCCCAGAAGAAGAAGGCCUCUGCACUUGCAGACCUUUUCCAGACCUCUCUGAGCUCUCGGACAGUUUAUCUCAAAUGCAUCCCAGCCCCGGCCAGCUUCUCAGAGCGUCGCGCUGUUCUGCGCGCCGUUCAGAAGAUCACACACGAGACUGUCCAGACAUUCAAGAAGCUUGAAGACAAUUCAUCAUUCGUCGUUGUCACAUCGAUACCGGGCACUGCUACUGCUUUGGUGAACGAUUCCCCCUUCACUCGUGUCGUUAUUGAGCAAGAUCCGAAUGCUGCCUCAUCAUCAUCGCCGCCCUCGUCUGCAUGGGGCUCCCAGUACGAUCCCCGAGGAAGUAUUACUACACCUAUCAACCCACACGCCCCCUCCAAGUUAUUAUCGAAAGAAACGCCGGCUUUAUCCGAUCUAGGCGUGUCUUAUAAAACCUUUACCUUGCAUAUGUUUGCUGCGAAUAGGACAUACAACCAUAGGGAAGCAGUUAGAAGAAACCCUCUCCACGGGCCAUGGCCAUCGAAUAAUACCAGAGAUACCUUCGUAUCAGCUGCUUUGCGGAAGUCUUUGCCGCCUAGUCCCAUGGCUCCGGCUUUGCGCGACUGGCAUACUGCCAAUCAGUUAUCGCGUGAUUCGAUAAGUUUUGCGGAUGAAGGUGCUGAGGGAGCAGGAUCUGUGCUUUUGGGCAUAAAACGCCCGUCUCCGAAAGAUGUCUAUUUUCUAGAUCGCAUCAGAUCACGGAUGAAUGCGAAGGGAAUACCAGCCGUCAUGAAAAGUCUAGCUGCGUUUGCCAAUGGGGAUGCUCAAGAUUCACCGUCUAACGCUACCAAUCCGACUACAACCUGGCGCAACUUAACAUAUCGUUCUGAUAUUAACGCAGAUUCCGAUUCCUCGCUUGGAAAAUCACUUGAUGACGCUCCCUUAGAUCAAGAGGCUCCCUUGGACCAAGAGGCAUCGCCCGCCAGUAAAGAUGGUGAGAAUAAGGUCAAUUGA